AUGGAUCCAAAAUAUUCACCAACAGCCUUAGCUCUCUUCUUUGCACUCACCAUCUUCCUCUCAGGCCACACUGAAGCCAAUAGACCAACUCGCCCCCGUGCACCUCCACCUCCACCACCAAAGCCAAGAGCGGCACCAACUUCUCCUCCUCGUGCAUCACCAGUUUCUCCGCCAAGAAUGCCACCAACCUCUCUUCCGCGUACACCACCAAUGUCUCCACCGAGGAGUGUACCAACGGUUCCUCCACAAACACAACCAGUGUUUCCAACAAGAAUACCACCAAAUUCUCCUCCUCGUGGAACACCAGUGUCUCCCCCAACGAUCCCGUCACGAACACCUCUUGUGUCUCCGUCAAGAACACCACCAAUGUCUCCUCCACGUGCAUCACCAGUGUCCCCGCCAAAAACACCACCAACCUCUCCUCCAAGUACAUCACCAGUGUCUCCGCCAAAAAGUUCACCAACAGCUGCUCCACAAACACCAUCAAUGUCUCCACCAAAAAUACCACCAACCUCUCCUCCACGUGCACCACCAGUGUCUCCGCCUAGGAGUCCGCCGAUGAUUUCUCCACUAGCACCACCUGUUUCUCCGCCAAAAACGUCACCAACCUCUUCUCCACGUUUACCACCAGCGUCUCCACCAAAAAAUUCACCAAUGAUUCCUCCACAAACACCACCUGUUUCGCCACCAAGAACUCCAUCAACCUCUCCUCUGAGUGCACCACCCGUGUAUCCGCCAAGGAACCCGCCAACAAUUCCACCAGUAUCUCUUCCAAGAAUACCACCAGUGUCUCUUCCACCAGUUUCGCUUCCACCCGUGUCUCUUCCAAGAACACCACCAGUGUCUCUUCCAAAUAUACCACCAGUGUCUCUUCCACCAGUGUCUCUUCCAAGAAUACCACCUGUGUCUCUUCCACCUGUGUCUCUUCCAAGAUUACCACCAAUGUCUCUUCCACCAGUCUCUCUUCCACCGGUGUCUCUUCCAAGAAUACCACCAGUAUCUCUUCCAAAAAUACCACCAGUGUCUCUUCCACCUGUGUCUCUUCCAAGAGCACCACCAGUAUCUCUUCCACCAGUGUCUCUUCCAAGAACACCACCAGUAUCUCUUCCACCCGUGUCUCUUCCAAGAAUACCACCAGUGUCUCUUCCACCUGUGUCUCUUCCAAGAACACCACCAAUAUCUCUUCCACCAGUGUCUCUUCCAAGAACACCACCAAUAUCUCUUCCACCAAUUUCUAUUCCAAGAUUACCACCAGUGUCUCUUCCACCAGUAUCUCUUCCAAAAAUACCACCAGUGUCUCUUCCACCAGUGUCUCUUCCAAGAAUAUCACCAGUCUCUCUUCCACUAGUGCCUCUUCCAAAAAUACCACCAGUCUCUCUUCCACCAGUGUCUCUUCCAAGAACACCACCAAUGUCUCCGCCAAGUACACCACCGAUGUCUCCGCCAAGAAUACCACCAACAAUUUCUCCACAAACACCACCGACCUCUCCUCCACGAUCACCACCCAUGUCACCGCCUAGGAUUCCACCAACGGUUUCUCCACAAACACCUCCAUUGUCUCCACCUAUAACACCAUCAACAGCUCCUCCGCGAGCACCACCUAUGUCUCCUCCAAGAACACCACCAACCUCUCCGCCGCUUGCACCACUGAUGUCUCCGUCAGGAAGCCCACCAACAUUUCCUCCAAAGGCACCACCUAUGUCUCCACCAGAAGCACCACCAACCUCUCCUACGCUUGUACCACCUGUGUCUCCACCAAGACGUCCACCAACAGCUCCUCCACAAACAUCAUCAAUGUCUCCGCCAAGAAUUUCACCAACUUCUACUCCACGGGCACCACCGGUCUCUCCACCAGAACUUCCACCAGCUGUUCCUCCACAAAGAGUACCACCAGUGUCUCCACCAACUUCUCCACCACGUGCACCACCGGUACCUUUGCCAAGGUCCCCGCCACCACCUCCACCUUCUCUGCUUGGAAUAUGCCCCCGUAGGAUUGGCCCCCAAUUAAGAAUAUGUGAAAAUAUCCUAAGUAUUAUGGAUCGUAUUAUAGGAAUUGGAAGUGUGCAGGCAUGUUGUUCUAUCCUCCGUAACCUGUCUGAUGCUGAUGCACUUGCUUGCUUGUGUGAGUCAGCUAGAGCACCACGUGGAAGUCUCCCUCCUAAUAUCAGCACACUCUUCAGGAAUUGUGGCCGCGGUUCCAGUACUCCUCCAGGCUUCACUUGCCCAUGACCACUUCCUUUUGCCACCCAGUAACUAAAAGUAUACUCAAUAUACACUCAAACCGUUACUCUCCUGUUCUCAUAUAACUUGAGCUUUGUAACUUUUAUACUUUAUUCCGAUAAUGAAAUAAAAAAGUCUAUAAAGAUUAUACUGGCUUACCAUUGUGUAAUUAUAUUUGUUUCUUAAACAUACGAAACCUUCGGAGUUCAUGGAUAGCGCUCCGAACUUUUUUAUCGAACAACUUGAUACACACGUAAACGUCUCAAACAAAAUGCAUGCAGAAUCUAACGAACUUUUUUUAUCGAACAACAAGAAUCUGUAACCUUUCGGGAAAAAAAGACCGUAAACUCGGCGUCUCCUAUAUUUCUUGAUAUUAACCUUUUCUGUUCCUAUAAAUAAAUAGAGUCAAAUUCAAAUUAGUGUAGAUUCUGAUUUUUUGUUAUGAACUGAUUAUUUAACAAUUUUGUGAACAGAAAAACAUAAUGUUUAACCGGUUGGAUGACGACACACAUAUUAUAAACUACAUCCAGUAAAUUAAUAAAAAAUGCAUACAUCCAUGACCUUAGAUUUAAACCGUGCGCACAUGGGUUACUUAUCAUAUAAAAUCACUUAAGAAGUUAUAUUGUUAGAACUGAUCUUGCGUGAAAGAAUCUCAAAAUAAUAUAUUGCAAGAAGGGUUCCUACCUAAGUAUCCAUUUAAUCUGUAGGGAGAUGAAAAAGGCGUGCGAUAGAGCGGAGGUCAGAGGCAUUACAAGUCCAUACCAAAAGGAUCCCGCUGCAUACUUAACUUUGGCUGCUGCCUCGCUGAUAAAGAACGAUGGCAUGGGCAGCGGAAAAACUCUGUUGACAGGUUCAUUCGUGGAUGAGAUAUUCGAUCCAAAUCCACAAAAUAAAAAAAUAAUUAAAAUAAACUAAUAUAUUAAAUAAAAUAAAAUAUAUUAAUUUUAUAAACAUCUUAAAUCCAUUUUGUUGUAGAUCUAAUACUAAAAAAGUUCUAAGGUAAUCUGCCUUUUUCUAUUGUCCAAACCAAUAAAAAAGAGGUUUUAGAGUAGCUAAUAUUUCGUUGAACAGAAAAAAAAAAAGAGUAGCAGCUUCAGGGAGGACGUCCACGUCAGCUUGAAAAAUCAUCCAAUAGAAAAAUUGCUUUUUGCCACAUCACACAUGGAUUCGGGUAUUAUUGGAUUUUUUUACGAGCCCGCAUGUUAAUCUGAAUGGUCGAGGAAUCCCAUUUCCUUUUGCUCUUCCUCUUAUUCAUUUCCAAUAUGAGUUAUUCAACGACCUCAACUGAGUUUUCCUUAUCUGUGUCCUUAGGUUUUCCUAGACGACCACCGUCUCUUGAAAGUCCAGCCGGUAACACCCUUGAGCGACUUCAAUUGAUACUGUUACCGCUGUAAAUCAUUGCACUGAAUCGGAGCUCCCGCUACUUAGUCUUCAAUUCUAUAUCAACAUCUUCUACGGUACUAAAAGGUUGUAUAUAUAUAGAUCCACAAAGAGUUGUUUCUAUUUUAUUGUCCUUCUUGCUUUUCGUAGCUUAUUAUCUCUCUAACACGCCGGUUUUAACUAUGACUAUUCCACAGGUUCUUUCCGGUGAUUUGAAGGCAGGCCGGUGUCAUAAAACUGUUGUCACCCGUGUUUUGUGUUUCUGGGAAGCAAGAAAUGUUAAGAAGGGAGGUGAUCUUAUGGGUGUGUACUUGACUUUAUAUUUAUUUUGUUUCGAGUCUAGAAAUAGAACUAAGUUUUACCCUUGCUGCAGAGGUAGCCCAGAUACAUAACAUGUGUUCUUAUAUAUUAGGAUCACAUACUCAGAACUCAUAUGCUGAGGAAGCCCAUGAGAGAUCACAGCCACGAUGAGAUGAGUUAGUGGGUAGAACCUUCACUUUUCAGCUGACUCUAUCUGAGUUCAACUUCACAUUAGAGCUCAAUCAUUCACCAUCUCCCGCAUAUUUGAUAAACAUCAGCAGCCGCAACUCCCAAGCUUUGCAGAACAAGUAGGCACACAUCUAGACAGAAACAAACCUAAGCAGAACAAAUCUUUUCUGCUGUUUAAUAUUUGUCAUUUUUUUGCUAAGGAGGUGGUAACCACCGUAGUGACGACAUGCCUGGAGCCGGAUUGGUCUCAACUAAUCCAUCUGAUAGGAUGAUCCGUGAUGCCUCAGAUAAAACAACUGCUGAGUGAUAGUCUUAGGGUUGUUGAAGGAAGUAAGGCUGAUCCACCUCUAGCCACAGGUGCAGCUGUUUCAGUUGGAUACACGACUCAAGGAUCCACCCACGGAGGAUGUGUGUGAAAGGAAGAAGCCAUGCAUUUCUUAGCUUGAGAACAUAAGAAGGACCUUAGCUCAAACUUGAUUGCCUCACCUCUAUUGUUUCCCUGUUUAUUCUACAGUUUAAAUAUUUUAAUCUCCAAUAUAUUUUCUAAUGCAAACCUGUUUCAGGAUUUUAUUUUAUCCUUGGUUUUUUUGUUGCUGUUAAGACUAGGAAACACAUUUGGUGUUUUGUUGAUAAAUAAAAUUUGUUGGAAUAUGGUUGUGUUAAUGAUAAAUUUAAGCUUCAAGAAUAGCAUACAGUUAACGAUCAUAUGGCAUCGUCGUUUUCAUAUCAUCUUUCUCAGGGACUUCAUACAUUAGAUCAUGCCAGUUCUUUUUUCACUUUUACACUACUAUAAGAUCUUCAUUAUAACGAAGCAGAGAAACAUACAUAUAAGUAUAAACCUCUAAAGUAAUCCGUGAAGAUUAAUAACCAUAUUCUAGUUUCCUACUAAAUAUCUCAAGAACUUCAUCAUCAUCUGAAGUUUAUCAAAUCUGGAACAUUUUAACUGUCUGCUUGCGAAACCUAUAGAAACAGAUUGAUUAGCAUUUUGGUUGCCUCACAUCUCGAAAGUCUUACUGUAGAUACCUUUUGUUGGUUUGUUUUGAUUUAGUUUGGUGUGCUUCUGGAUUUUGUACAUAUAUAGUGCAUCAUCAAUUUCAUGCAAUGAGUUCAUGUUGGAACAGCAAAAGAUUCACAAUGUAAAAAAUACAUUUUCAUGGAACUGCAAGUGAAUAUAUUUGUAAACAUAAUAAAUAUACAUAAACCAACAUAAUAAAUAUAUAUAUAUAUAUAUAUAUAUAUAUGAAUAUGAAUAUUUAUAUAAUUAUUGUAUAGUCAAGUCAAAAUAAGUUUUGCUCUCGCUUAUGAGACAUCACUUUUUAUGAUAUAGUCUAUUUUAAAUAAUUUAUAUCUGUUUUUUACUGCCAAAAUAUGCAAAGUAUACUUCAUAUUUUUUCUUCUCUAAGUUAUGAGACAUCACUUUCGAUGAUAUUGGUCUAUUCUAAAUAAUUUAUAUAUGUUUUUCAGAAACUAUAUUCUGCCAAAAUAUGCAAAACAUGUUUUAUAUUCUUUGGUCUAGAUUAUAAACAUACCGAAGUAUAUAUAUCACUUAAAUCUCUGAUUAUAUUUUUAAAUAAUAUUCAUUUGGUUUAUGACCCAUUAGAGAUUUAAAGCAACAACAAAAAUUCACUUUUUUAAUUUUGUAAAGAUAAUAUUGAGUUAAAUGAGAUACUACAAUCCAAAUUCAUGUAUCUAAUCUAUUUCCACAAUGUAAAACGUAAUAUCCAAUUAUUACAAAGUAUUUUGAAGCACUAAAUAUUAAUAUAAAAUACUUAUAUAUAGAAGGCUAAUAUAUUUUCACAAAAUUAUUAAUAUACAUUCUUAUUUAUUAUACUUAAUUUUUCUAAAGUGC